CUUUCUAUUGUUUAGUUGACCUUAGAUUAAUCAAGGUGAUCACUUCGGAUCCAUGUCUCACAUCACGUGAUCACGUGUCAUCGGCGUCGCUACCGGAGAAAGCGUAAUUUUUUUAUCGCUUAAUUGUGAUAGCGAUUCGGUCCGCGAUGCGAUAGAUACCCUACGACAGCAUAUUAUUGACGCGCGUGUCUGCUAUCAUCGAUAGGAGACAAUGUCUCUUUACUACGAUGCGGUGUCCAUCCUGACGGCGCCAUCCUCCACCGGCGGAUCCUUCAAAUCCCGCAUCUACAACGCCCGCAACCUGAAAGCGUCGCCGGCGCAGGUGUUUGCGCUGAUCACGGAAACGUCAAAAUGGGAUAUUCUGCUCAAAGAAGUCAUUGAGAAAGCGGACUUUCUGCAUCUGGAACCUAAAUUGACUCCCCUGCUGGCACUUCUUCUAGUGCACGAUCAUCUUAUUGCGAAGAAAGGGAUCGCGGCGCCCGCGGCGCAUCCGCUCCGCCAGGCGAUUGAGCGACACAAGACCCGGCUGAAGGCAGAGUUCGUCAAGGCCCGUGUCCGCCGUCAAUGUGCCUCCAUUGAAGAGCUGAAGGCUGCAGUUCUCCGAGAGAAAGGCGUUGAUGCGGUACCUGAGGCAUUAUAUCCUCGAUGGGUACGGAUCAAUAAUGUGCGCACGACUCUCGAUGAACAAUUGAAGUCGACAUUCGCCAGUUAUCAGAAAGUCACAGUUCUCUCCGAUCUGGCAGGCGACGAGCGGAAGAUAUAUCUGGAUGAACAUAUUCCAGACCUAGUUGCGGUCCCCCCCGGCAUUGAUCUAACAUCUACGCCGGCGUACAAGAAUGGCGAAAUCAUACUGCAGGACAAGGCGUCUUGCGUCCCGGCGUACCUUUUGCUGGGAGAUGCGACCACGAAGUGGGAUGGGGAUCUAAUAGAUGGAUGCGCAGCACCAGGGAACAAAACGACGCAUUUGGCUUCACUGCUGUAUAGAAAACGGCAUGUCUCGAAAGCAAAGUUGCCGGCGGUUUAUUCCAUGGAUGCGUCUCCCACGCGGGCGAAGACACUACAGAAAAUGGUGACGUUGGCUGGUGCGGAUAAGAUAGUGACCGUACUGCAGGGCCAGGAUUUCCUCGCCUUGGAUCCUUCAGAACCGCGAUUCGAGAACAUCGCUGGUCUGCUACUCGACCCAAGUUGUUCCGGAAGUGGUAUCGUCGGCCGUGAGGACGUCCCUAAACUUGUCCUCCCCGAGGUGAAGGCUGGAUCUGGGAAUGUCCAGGGGAAGAAGCGUAAACGGGGUCGACAAGAGCCAGAGCCCCGAUCCAACCCGCAACCGGAGGAGGCGCUGGAGACGGAGGAAGAAGCUCCCCAUCAGAAGAUUGACGUCGACCGUCUUAUCAAACUGUCCAACCUACAAGCGCGUAUUGUUGAGCAUGCGCUGAGCUUUCCUAGUGCUGAGCGUGUCACAUAUAGUACAUGUUCGAUCCAUGUCCUAGAAAACGAGUCCGUCGUAUCCCGCAUUCUCGCUUCUGACGUCGCAAGGAGUGGUGGUUGGCGAAUCAUGCGACGUGACGAGCAGCCUGAAGGUCUGAAGAAAUGGAAGCACAGAGGAAUCAGGACCGACGUGGUGCCCAUUCCAAACGGGGCUGACCAGCGAGCGGAGGCGAAACCCACUGUGAACCUAACAGAUGAAGAGUUAGAGGCUUGUGUGCGAUGCUGGGCAGGUGAUGAAGAGGGGACUGGGGGAUUCUUCGUUGCAGGUUUCGUCCGGGACCGUGCAAGGGCAGAAUCCCUCAGCGGCCGUCAGAAUGAGAAGCGCGUAUCAGAUGAAUCUCAUUCGAAUGACACGGUCACCUCCGACGAUGACAGCGAAGAGGAAUGGGGAGGGUUUUCCGAUUAG